AUGAAAGCCUGAAUACGCAUAGUUCAUCGGCAAGGAAGUGGCGUUCGUAGCGACGACAGCCAGCGGUGGCUUUUGUACGGAGAACCUUACGCAGGCAGCCAGCCAGCCAGCAUGCGAGGGAGCGAUGACUGGAUUUGAAUGGCUCUAGGCCUAUGAUUCAAUCUUGGAUGUGUUUACUGGGUAGCAGUUAUGACAGCAUGCAGUGUUCUACUGGAAGAACUAUUUGAAAUGGAACCUCUUUAACUGGAUUAUAAUCUGGAUUACCUCACAGUUUAUAACACUGCAAUGUACGGAAUAUGAGGUGAGACAUCAUGGAGGUGCCACAGAGGAGGGGUCAUCAGUUGAGGGCCGAGAAUGGACCCAGCUACCAGACACCGCCGAGCAAGGACAGGUCUGAUGGAGGAAUGUCGAAACAGGACCUACUUCAAAGGUUGAGAGCAAACAAGAAUCGGCACAAUGAUCAGCUGGUUUCUAGGACAACAAGACCCUCAGAAAUGCAGCCUAAUGGUCCAAUUCCUACAGGGAGACAACAGUCUAGUUUAAGUCCUUCUGGGGGUCCACAGAGAAGUUUGAGUCCUACUGGAAGACAACAAUCUGGUUCUAGUCCUUCAAGCUGGAGGCCACAAUCUGGUACUAGUCCCACAGGGAGACCACCAGUCUCCUCUGGUUUUAGUCCCUCUGGAAGACCACCAUCGGGUACUAGUCCAACUGGGAGAUCACAAUCUGGUACUAGUCCACCAAGGAGGCUAGUCUCUGAUACUAGCCCUACAGGGAGACCAAACCCUGGUACCAAUCCGACUGAGAGACUGCAUAAUGGCCAAGCUCCUAAUUUUGUGCGUGUUGAGGUUGAGGUCCAUGCUAAGAUGACUCCAGAACAAACUUCAGAAAGGAGAGAGAUUAUUCGCAGGAGAAGACGUUCAACUCAGCCACAAAGUGGCAUAGAUUCAAACAUUCCAGAGCAACAGAGCAAUGGUCCUGUUGCACCACCAAGGAGAAGAUACUCAACUGAUAGUGUAACAAAAGAUGAUAGUAGUCCUGAUAGCAGGCAACAGGAUAUUAAAAAGGAAGAAAGCAUCCCAAAGCCAAUGCCUCGACCAAGACGUUCACAGAGUCAGGAUCGUGGAAUAGCACAACAGAAAAGAUCCGAUGCUGAGAAACAGUUCUUAUUAAAACAAUAUGAGCUUUUACAAAAGCAGAAACAGCAGCAAAUAGAGAAAGAAAGGCAACAGAGGAGUACAAGAGACAUGCAGAAAGUAAAAGUUCAGCAGGAGUUGCAAUUAUUGAGUGAGCAGGAACAGAGAGUUGUCCAUAAAUUACAAAAGUUUGAAAAUGGGGCUUCGACUAAUCACAAUGUUAACUGGGUUCGAAAGCAACAGCAGAUGUUUGACAGGCAGCAUGAUGUUAAGAUUCAAAGAAGUAGGAAAGACCAACACCUUGAAGCAACCAACGCAACCGUUCCAAAUGUUCAACAACUCCAGCAACAAGCACAACACCCACAACCAGCACAACGCCAACGGAGGCGCCGUCCUCAACCUGAGUCCAAGCCACAGGAACAGCAACAGUCAACUCAACAAACAAAAUAUAAACCACCUCCAGUUAUGCCAAAACCAAAGAGCCCAGAGCUGAUGGUUCAGUCAGUCACAAGACAGAAACCUAAUAAUCAAAAUCAGUAUUAUAAUGUGCAACAACAACAAUUACAUCAGCAAAGUGAAAAGAUGAGAUUGCAGCAAGAAAGGUUGAGGCAUCAAUAUCAUCAAUCCAAGAAAGAGUCUUCUGCUGCUCAGCUUCAAGUUUCUGAACAUCAGGAUCAAAGGGGUAGGAGAUCAUCAUCAAGAAACAGUGAAGCAAGCAACCAAAGCCAUAGUUCUUCCGAUUCCAGCGAGGUUCGUUUGUUGCACUAUAAACGUAGAGAUUCUCUAGGUGAUUUCGAGCCUUCGAAAGAACACACUAAACCUCAAAUAAAAAAUCCUGUUGCCAGACUUUCUCAAGCACUUCGGAAGGGUACCUCAUCCCCAUCUCCACAAAAACAAAAUGAGAACAAUAUAGCCAAUAAUCUCAGGAGUGUGUUGGAACAAACUAAACCAGCUUCUUCAAAGAGAGAGGGAAUCUCCAGUCAAGAGAUGGAAGAGAUUAUUAGAAGAACAGCUGAACGCAUGAAACGAGAACAACAGCAAAUGAGAGAGGCUGAAACGAGGCUAAAUAGUAGUCCAGAACGCCCAAGACGGAGAAGAAGAGAAAGCCAAGGGAUCGGGGAGAGUAAAAUGCAGCAGACUACGAUGGGAAACAAGAAUCGGGUUACGAAUAUCAAAGCAGGAAGUAGUUCAUUGGAUGUUUACAACGCUCCACACACGGAUGUGACAAAGCCUCGGGAUCAAGGGUUACAUCGGGUUAAUGAUAGAAAAGAUAAUCUCGUGGCUGAACCCAAGACUAGUAUACAGAUCAAUGGUGGCCCUGAGAUGGGUUCAGGGGUGAGGAGUGGGACAGAUGAAAGUGAUGGGAUGGGAGAAGUUGCCAUGGUUGAAAAGAUUCCCCACGUUAAGCCUGACCAUGACAUAAAAACUAGAGGUAAACUUGGAGUUAGUGAAGAGCUUGACAAUGAUCCAAAAUUGAUAUCAGAAGAUGAGAAGAUCAGGAAACUCAGUGCUAUCGAAGAAGAAUCAUCAUCCAGGAGUGAAAGUAGACAAAACUCAAUAGGGGGCGCUGUUAUAUCUUUAGAAGUAAACGCUAUCCAGUCAGACAGUGAGGAUAAAGCUUUGGAUGAAGCGCUUGGUUUACUUCAUGAACUUGCAUCCACUCAGGUUACAACAGACACAAAAUCAUUGGAAUUUUCAAACAAUGUAUCUCAGGUUAAUGUCAAAUCUAACGAAAGUAAAUCUUGUGAAAAUAAAUAUCCGGAUAAGAGGCCAACUUCUCCAAUUGGUGUUACAGAAUCUGCGUGUCUUGAAACACAAAGCAAGAAAUCUGAGAAUAAAUCUCCAGUUAAUAGAGCGUCUUCUUCCACUCCACAGGGAAUAGAAACCAGAUCUCUGGAGAAUAAAUUAACCGCACACAAUAAUGAGAGCACUGAUGGACAGGCCUCGUCUUUCCAUGGUAAACCCAUUAGCGAUAGUGUGAAAGUAAGCCCAGAGAGAGCAUUAGCUACCAGUCUUCCUGACUCUGUGAUAAGGAAUGUGAGCGGUGAGGACACACGUGCAGACAAGGCCCAAACAGAGGAAACAGUGCUCGGUAGAAAUAAACAGAGAGAGGAAAUACAGCCUAUAAGUAAUGCUACCAGUGGAACUAUUGAAAAGCGUCAUGAAGAUCUCUCCCGUACAGUGACUCCUAUACCAGAAGUGAUACAGGGUGAACCGGGAGAGGACGGGAUUGCUCUCCGUCGUAAGCGGUUUGUCAAGCAAGUGAGUUUCCACUCUGAAUCCGAAAAACUACAACAAGUGAUAGGAGAAGCAGACAAAGAAAGCUCUCCACCAGAAAAAUCUCAGAUUGAGACAUCGCCCGACUCGCCCAGGAGGGGCAUACUAGCGAGGGGACGUUUUUCGGGAAAACGUGAUCACCCGAGCCUGUCCAAGCAGACCGGGGAGAUGUAUCGCAGACCAAAGAGCGCCAUAUUUGAUGUUGCGAUCCGGAAGCAGCCGGAGAGCAAAGAGAAGAACGAUGGAGGCCGACAGAGGCCCAUGAGUGCCCUUUACAUCUCUGAAGGGGAUAGUGAUCCUAUGGACAGGGGAAGACCACUGCCAAAACAUUAUCGGCCUCAGAGCGACUCUCUGAUGCAGCUAGAUAAGUUUGAUAGUCUUCAGAUCAAGCCCAAAGCCAGGAGAGACCGAUCCCCGAGUCCGCUUGUAGUGUCUUCUGAUACGGUGAGUGAUGGGCUUGAUGUGGGUUGCUGUGAAUCUAACAUGUGAAUCAUUACUAUUUAUAGAGCACCCUUUAAUCCUUUUAAAAACAUCAUCUUACGAAGGCUAGCUUGAUCACUGAUUUCAAGAAAGAAGACAAGAGCAUGUUUCUUUUGUUGAUACAGCGGUGAAUUGUUUUUAUCCCUCUUUAUGCCUCUCUCUCCCACUGUCGUGCGAUCUGUUACAAACGCCUUGAUCGGCCUCCCGUAACUGAUCGCGAGAAAUUUUUAACCAUUCAAUUUUUUUCUGCAAUCAAUACGAUUGACACGACUGAUCUGAUGUUAUCACUAUGAUUAUUAGACAA